GCAAGGGCCAGCAGCGUACAGCGAGUUGUUCUGGCGUUGAGGUUAUCAUAACGCUCGUCACGUUGAGAGAGUGCUCAAAGCGACAGCCCUCGGGGAGCUCGACACGUUGGGUGGGUAACUGAAGCCUCUAUACGGACAGUGGAAGCCUGCGAAAGGGGCCACAUGCCUUCCCGAGUAACAACGCGCCGGAAAAGCGUAAAACUAAAAGGCACAGGGGGCGCUUCGUGCACUCUUUUGCCACGAUGCUCCCCGGGUCUCAUCCAGUUUUACACAUUUGCUCCCCCCGCUGUAUGAUUCAACCAAAUACUGUACGAAAAUAGCGCCCCCACGCAAGAGGAUAUCUACACUUACUUGCCGCGACUUGACUGAGACUCGCUUUUUUCGGUUCAAGAACGCCUACGUCCAAACAAGGUGUGAGUGGCUCAGAGGUAUCAAAGAGCGCAAUCAAUGACCAACGCUCAUGCGUUCCGAUGCGGGCCGGAGGCCUACGUCAACGUUUGCUCGCUCGUGCGAAUGGACUCGGCGGCCCCUCGCGCACCGGCGCCAGCUCAUUGCCUACACAGAAGCUGCCGGCACUGUCUAUGUACAAGCCACACCAUUCAGCUGCAAAGCGGGUGUCACGUUUCGGGUUUAGCUGCCUAGUCUCGCUUUUACAAUCUUUGGGACUCAGUCGUCGGCUGCGCAUUACUAUUUUCAGAAAGCCAUGGCCGCCCCGCGUGCUGCUGCUGCCGCCGCCAGCGCCGGCGGUGUGGGCCUGCUGCUGUCGAGCUGGUUCAAGGGCGAUGACGCCCCCGCCAACCUGCCCAGCCGCCCCCACCACCGCCUGGGCUACGCGGACGCUGUGGGUAUCAAGCAGCUGAAUGUGGAGGACAUCGCGCACGAGGCCCCGCGCAGCGUCGACAACGGAGCCUACUCCAUGCUGGAAACCUACGUCGGCCCUGCGGAGCCUGUGAACACCCAGCACCACUUCGGCGGGCCGCAACGCGCCGCCUCGCUCAACACAAGGCUGGAGAUUGGUGUGGAGAGCCGCGCCGGCAACUCCAUGUUUGGCCUGCUGAACUCAUGGUUUGGCACUGGCCAGCAGGCGCAGCCCAAUCCCCACUAGGCAGCAGCCAGCUGCUGCAGCUACGGCUGUGGCUACUGCGCCGACAGGGCAGUAGCACGGCGCAGUGGCUGCCGCCGUCGCAGCCCGCCACUCCGAUGUACAGCCGCUGCCGUCGCCGCGGCCGCAUAUCGUCGUCUAUGCAGAAGGGCAUUCUUCGACGCAACGGCCUGGCGGUGUGUGGGCUGCGGCAUCGUCGAGGUGAGGGCUGGCGAGCUUCACAUUCGCCGUCGAUUACGAUGCAGGCAUGGCGCGGAUAAGCUGUGACCGCCGUCCUGUGCUCAUAUAGAGGCCGGUGCGAUUUAGCAUCAUCAGAUAGGAGUUAUCUGGAGUUAUCGGCCAAGAGCACGUAUAGUUUCUGACUCCGGGAGCAUCGCCGGGCAUUGUUUUUGGGCAACCUGGCAAAAGGUGACAUGCCAAUAGACCAGGGGAAAACAGAGACGUCCGCGCGGUAAAUGCGGCCACAUGGGCCGGCUCGAAGGAACCCCGGAUAGAUACCCUAACCGGCUGCGUUUCGCUGUUGGCGCACUGAUACGCCCGAAAGGCUGGACCGGGUGGAAGUGUUGGCCAGACGCGCGCAUUGCGCAGAGCCGCGCUGCAGCACAUACGGUCGCAUAUUGUGUGGUUUAGACACGAGUCUUGUUACAUAGGUGCGGCCGUCGUCCCCAGCUAUCCCGCGCGCUCACACCUGUUGUUGUGCUGGUUGUACAUGAUGCACGCCUGUGUUUCCUCACGACCCUGGUGUUGUCGUGGAACUCGACGAUUUGCAUGUCGGAUCAAGACACACGAGGGCGUGGGGCUUACACAUUCCUACUGGGGCCCCAGCACUCACAGACGCGGUGUGCGCUACAGCUCACCUUAUAGCAGUUGGUGAAAAGGCAACCAGUUUUGAACUGGGGUUUGCCCUUGCUGCGGGCGCCCGUAUCGCAGUCGGUGUAGGGGGGGGCAUUUUUGUAUGUUGCCUGCGUGUUUCCGUGGCGGUGUGCGUGUGCAUGGUGCUGGUGUGGAGUUGGCUGGUGUUGGUGUCAGCGCCACGAUGCCUUGCUGAUCUCCAAGCCCGGAAUGUGGUCGAACACAACGCCAAUUGAUUUGCCGAUUGAGGAGAACCUCGAUAAUCCAGCUCAUCCAACGCAUUUGUCAACACAUGUACGCGCGCCAGAAGGCGCCAUCCGAUUGCAAGGGGAGUUGUCGAGGCGGAGCAUGGGUUGAGUUUGAUGAAUUUUAUGGACGUCGGUAGGUAGAGGUACGAGCCGAGUGGUGGUGGGAAGGGGGCAGGCCUGGCGUUAGCGAGCCAGGGCCGCAGGUGGGUGCUGGUGGGGUGCUGCCCGUCCGCACUUGAGAGCAUGUGUUGGUCGAACAAGGGGUUUGCGAUACAUAUCAAGGGGUGGACUAGCCACGCAUGCCACAAACGACAACAGGGAUGCGCGUUCCCAUUGUGGAAAGAUUGGAACUUUGACUGAUCACCGUAGCACCAGGUGUCGAGCAGAAUGCAUACCUGCCAACCUUGCCCAGGUCCACUAAACCGGCACGGCAGACGGUAUGUACUUCCUGCCAGUAGCCACUGUGACACGAUGCGGUUGACUUACCCGUCCCCUCCUACCCACACAUCCGUGGCAAUCCGUGGUUGUCAGUAUGACUCCGCAACGCGACAUUGAGCUCUCCAGCUUAGUUAGGAUCCUCAAACCUUGCUCCUCUCACUUCCCGCUGGUGUCGUACAUACAUUCUGGGCAGGAGACAAGGAGACGCUGGCAGAGGGUAUUGACAAGGAGGUGGCGUAGUGUGGCGUGUAGGGGAUAAAGUUGUGCUGAGGGGAUAGGGCAGCCUGGCGGCACGUGGCGGAGCGCCGCGAAAGUAGAAAGUGCGGCUUCUUCAUGCAAUGCAAACUGCUUGUUCUUGGGCGGCUAACCUACACGGCUCGAGUGCCCCAGGCGACAUGGCGCGAGUGUCUCCAGGGGACUGGGCGAGCAGGGCGCAGGCUAGCGGUCGACUGGGCGAGCAACGCAGCGUGAACGUGGAGCACCGAAGCAAACCUUAAGGCGGCGAGUGGAUGGCGGGAUAAAUAUAUAAAAGG